AUGACCAGUAAAAUUGCUGCAUCAGCUACAGUUAGAGCUGUUAAAUUUAAAAAAAUUUUACCUACUAGAGCUGCUUUAGUAUUGACUCCUAAUGCUGUUAAAAAAAUCAAAGAAAUUUUGAAAGAUAAAACAGAAUAUAUAGGACUUAAGGUAGGAGUAAGACAAAGAGGUUGUAACGGUUUAAGUUAUACUUUAGAUUAUGCAAUUGAAAAAGGGAAAUUAGAUGAAGAAGUCGUCCAAGAUGGGGUAAGGGUAUUUAUAGAUAGAAAAGCACAGUUAACAUUACUCGGAACAGAAAUGGAUUAUGUUAAAGACAAAUUAAGUGAAGAGUUUGUAUUUAAUAACCCGAAUAUAAAAGGAACAUGUGGCUGUGGAGAAAGCUUUUCAAUUUAA